UGUCCCUGCCAGACUACCACUCCUCCUGGGAAACAGAUUGAAAACAAAACCUUUGAUCUUUUCGAUGUAGUUUAUGGAGUUUUUAUCUGGCUAGAAAAGGGUUGUGCCCCCCUUCCUGACACAGCACCUUUUCCUCACCACCUUCAGGUAAAUCUCUCCAACAGUGUCGCUAAACGCAGCUGCUCCUUCUAUUCACUAUCACCAAAGGAGGCUUACCUGGCAAGGCUACUAAAAGACUCAAUUGCAUGGCCUGAAACGCUUUCUUUAAUGUCUCACAUCUCGCUGAAUAACACCAGUGAUCCGGCUCACAGCACCUUCACCAUUCUCCCACCAAACAGAGGGGGACGUUGGAAGUUUUGAUAAAAAUGUAUGACUUCCAUGGUCAUCCCAAGAAGUCUGGUGGAGAUUUCCUACUUGCUCGGCUGCACAACCCUAGUCUUUAUGCAGGUGUGGCGGGGCAUGUAUUGGAUCAUGGCAAUGGUUCCUACACUGCUGUAUUCUCUUUACUCUGGGAAGGAAGAGCACAGGUUGAGGGCCAGAACCAGUCAUUAAUCACAUUGGGAGGCCAGACAUUAAGGAAACGUUUUCCUCUGAAGUAUGGCUUGAUCUUCCUGUUCUUGACUUUUUUUAUUUUAUGGGUCAUGUUUUAUAGUGUGAACUUCACUGAUCAUAUUACAUGCAAAUUAUCUGAGUUAAAGAAGAAAGUCCCCACCACUGAGGAUUCUUCACCAGCCACCAUAACUCUGAAACAUCCCACAGAGCCUCCUAUGCUUUCCAGUGUCUGCUCCUUCCAUUCCGUGUUACCUGAGGACACGCUUGAGUUAGGAUUUUUAAAAGACUACAUCACCUGGCCUGAAACAUCAUCUUUACCACUUACGUUUUCUCUGAAAGACACCAGUCAUCCAGCUCACAGCACCUACACCAUUCUCCCUUGUAACGGAGGGGGACGUUGGCAUGUAGGGGAUCAACUGGAGGUUUUGAUUAAAAUUAAUGACUUCAAUGGUCACCCCAAGAAGUAUGGUGGAGACGUUCUAUUUGCUCGGCUGCACAACCCUACUGUUCGUGCGGGUGUGGUGGGGAAAGUGUUUGAUCAUCACAAUGGUUCCUACACUGCUGUAUUCUCUUUACUCUGGGAAGGAAUAGCCGAGGUUGAGGUGAUCAUGAUCCACUCCAGUGAGGCAGUCACAGUUAUAGAAAGAGUCAACCUGGAACAGCCUGGUAGAAUUUAUUUUCGAAGCAUCUUCCGCUCAGGCACAGUUACUGAAGCUGCCAUUUGUAAUGUGUGCCUUAAAGCACCACCGGAGCAGCUGUGCAACUACACUGACAUCCAAACAGGUGAGCCCUGGUUCUGCUACAAGCCAAAAAAACUCAAGUGUGAACACAGGAUCACCCAUUCAUUUGGAGGAUUCACACUAAAACCAAUGUCCAUGGACAACACGCUCUUUCAAAUUGGUGUCAACAUGAAAGCCUCCAUUCGGUCAUCUGGACCUUCCAAAAUCACCAUUUUACCAAAAUCAAAAGUUGUCAAUGAAACAGUCCCAAUUUACACAUCAGGUCUAGGAGAAGCCGUGAGGACUAGACCUGCUGGUUAUUACUAUCAGGGUGCAUGGCGAGCACUUGAUGGCACCACAGUUCGUCAGUUUAACAACGGCACAGCAAUGAGCCAGUGUCUGAAAGGGAAGGUGGUCCACCUGUAUGGAGACUCCACCAUCAGACAGUGGUUUGAAUAUUUAGUUGCAAAAAUACCAGGUAGAUGCCAAGUAGAAAUGUCUGCCAGCAAUGAGAAUUGGUUCACACUUCUUUCUGAUCUAUUCUCUGUUAUACAUUCAGAUCUCAAGUUGUUUGACCUGAAAAAUCCCCCAAAAACUGGACCAUUUAUGGCCUUGGAUUAUACAAACAACAUCUUAGUGACAUUCCGCUGCCAUGGUCCUCCUAUUCGUGCUCCUGUGUUGCCGGUCAGUCAGUUACAUUUUGUUGCCAACGAACUGGACAGUGUGGUUGGAGGUAACAACACUGUUGUAGUUAUUGGGGUUUGGGCACACUUCAGCACUUUUCCUGUGGAGGUCUACGUUCGACGUCUGCUGAGCAUAAGGAGGGCAGUGGUGCGGCUAUUAACUAGGGCUCCAGAUACACUGGUUGUCAUCAGGACUGCUAAUCCUAAGAGGCUGACAGUGCAAGAGUCAGUGACCACUGAUGAUUUUUAUUUUUUACAACGUGAUAAGAUACUCAGGGCAAUAUUCAAAGAAGUGAAUGUCCGACUGCUGGAUGCCUGGGAGAUGAGCCAGGCCCACUACCUUCCACAUGACCUCCACCCACCACCUCCCAUUAUUAAGAAUAUGAUAGAUGUUGUUUUGUCCCACAUAUGCCCCAGUGGUGAACUUUAAAGAAGCAUCCAAGAAGUAGAAUACUGUAGAUCUGGGUAGUCGGGGAAGAUAUUGGUGAUUGGUAACACUUACUUUACAGUUUGACCUCUAUCUUCAAUGUGUUAAAUAUUCAAUAAAAAUACACUAAGAACUUAGUGUCUUUCCUCAA